CUUACAGGCCGGUCAGUGUAACGUGAAUUGUUCGUGUGCGAAAAUUAUUUAUUUAUUUAUUUGGAUAUACCGGCGCUGCGAAAAUCGACAUUGUGUGAUAUUAGGUUGAUAGAGCUGAGGGAACGGAUAUCGUUUUGUAGGAUUGAUUGACUUUACUGAAACUCCACCAUGCCCGCCAGAGCACCAGAACCAGACCGCCACGUGGGAAUCUCCUUCAACGACGACAUCGUCAUCACAGGCAUAUCUGGUCGCCUCCCAGAGAGCAACUCCAUUGAAGAGUUCAAGCAACAGCUCUUCGAUGGCGUCGACCUCGUCACAGACGACCCCAGACGAUGGCCGUCGGGUCUCUACGGCCUACCAACACGUACCGGCAAAAUCAAGAACCUGCAGUACUUCGACGCCACCUUCUUCGGCGUGCACGCCAAGCAGGCGACCGUGAUGGACCCCCAGCUGAGGAUGCUGCUCGAGUUGACGUACGAAGCUCUGGUCGAUGCAGGAGUGAACCCCGCUGAAGUGAAGGGGUCGAAGACGGGGGUGUUUAUCGGGGUGUCGGACAGCGAGUCUUCAGAGUUCUGGACGCAAGAUCCAGAUCAAGUGAAUGGUUAUGGACUGACAGGGUGUUGCAGGGCCAUGUUCCCCAACAGGAUUUCCUACACUUUCGAUUUUUCCGGGCCUAGUUACGCCAUUGAUACGGCUUGUUCUAGCAGUUUGUUUGCAUUCCAGCAGGCUGUUACCGCAAUCAAAACUGGACAGUGCGACGCGGCUAUUGUAGGCGGUGUGAAUUUACUCCUCAAGCCGACGUCCUCCCUGCAAUUCCACAGAUUGAGCAUGCUCAGUCCGCAAGGCAUGUGCAAAGCCUUUGACGCUUCAGGUAAUGGCUACGUAAGAUCCGAAGCAGCGGUAGUUGUGUAUUUACAAAGGGCCAGCGUUUCCAGGAGAGUAUACGCAACGGUUCUAGGCGCCAGGACAAACACUGACGGUAACAAAGAGCAAGGAAUCACCUUCCCCUCGGGUGCCAUGCAGAACAAGCUCAUCAGAGAGGUUUACGACGAAAUUGGGAUCAAACCCCAAGAUGUAGCCUACGUAGAAGCCCACGGCACCGGGACCAAAGUGGGAGACCCUCAAGAGGUGAAUUCCAUCGCGGAUUUCUUCUGCAAAAACCGCAAAGGGCCUCUACUAAUCGGAUCCGUCAAGAGUAACAUGGGUCACUCUGAGCCGGCCUCCGGGCUAUGCUCCUUGGCGAAAAUAGUGAUUGCCAUGGAAGCGGGAAUGAUCCCGCAGAACCUCCACUUCAAGAACCCCAACCCGGACAUAGCGGCUCUGAACGACGGACGUUUGAAAGUCGUGGCGAAGAAUGAGCCUUGGAACGGCGGAAUAGUGGCCAUUAACUCCUUUGGAUUCGGUGGAGCCAAUGCUCAUAUCGUCCUGAGGUCCAAUCCCAAACCCAAAACCAUCUGGCCAGUGGGGCCUAUCCCCCGAGUGGUUGGUGUCUCCGGAAGAACGCAGGAAGCUGUGCAACAUUUCCUCGCAAAAAUCCAACAGAACAGGGACGACGAAGAGUUUUUAGCGCUGGUAGAUGAAAUACACUCCAGAAACGUCAAUGGGCAUGCCUUCAGAGGGUACGCCGUUCUGAAAGAUCAAGCCAUCGAGGAGGUUACUCAGAUGGCUGGAGACGACAGGCCUAUCGCCUUCAUUUUCUCCGGCAUGGGAUCUCAGUGGGCCGGUAUGGCGAAGGACUUGAUGCAGCUCGAUUGUUUCAAGAAUUCUAUCAAGAAGUGCGCCGAUGCUUUGAAGCCACGCGGCGUGAACUUGGAAGAUAUAAUUAUUAAUGGCACGGAGGCGACGUUCGACAACGUUCUGAAUUCUUUCGUUUCGAUAGCGGCGAUGCAAGUUGCCUUGACGGAUGUUUUGAAGAUUUUGGGGAUUGAACCUGACGUGAUUGUGGGUCAUUCUGUCGGCGAGCUUGGUUGCGCCUACGCGGAUGGAACAUUUACCGUGGAACAAGCAGUUCUCUCAGCCUUCUGCAGAGGCCGCGCUAUCCUGGAAAGCAGACUUCCGGCAGGUGCAAUGGCCGCGGUCGGUCUAUCCUGGGAGGAAGUGAAGAAAAAAUGCCCGCCUGAAAUUUACCCCGCAUGCCACAACAGCGAGGAUAGUGUCACCGUGUCGGGACCGCCGGCGGCUAUAGAGAAAUUCGUUUCCGAACUCCAAGCUCAAGACAUUUUUGCCAGAGCGGUCAAAAGUUCCGGCACCGCUUUCCACAGCAAAUACGUGGCGGACGCCGGACCGAGGCUGCGUAAAGCAUUGGAGGAAAUCAUCCCCAACCCCAAACCGAGGACGCCCAGGUGGAUAUCUUCUUCUAUCCCGGAAUCGGCCUGGAGUUCUCCCAUGGCCCAACAGAGUUCCGUCGCCUACCACGUGAACAACUUGCUGUCGCCAGUGCUUUUCCAUGGGGCGCUCAAGCACGUUCCAGAGAAUGCUAUCGUUAUCGAAAUCGCUCCCACGGGGCUCUUGCAGGCCAUUCUGAAGAGGGCGCUAGGACCUAAGGCUACCAAUAUCAGUUUGGUUAAGCGGGGGCACGCCGAUAACAUCGAAUUCUUGUUGUCCGCCUUGGGAAAGAUCUAUAAUGCUGGAGCGCAACCUAAACUUGGCAACCUCUAUCACCCAGUUAGCUUCCCAGUAGGAAGAGGUACCCCUAUGAUCAAUUCCAUGAUCGAAUGGGAUCAUUCGAUAGAGUGGUCUGUUGCAAACUUUUCAGGAAAGGGAUCCCGAUCUGGAGAACUCGUCGUUGAUAUAGAUUUGAGUAAAGAGUCUGAUGAAUACUUGAUUGGACAUACCAUCGACGGAAGGGUUUUGUUCCCAGCUACAGGAUACUUGACUCUCGUAUGGAAAACAUUCGCGAAACUCAGGAACGAAGAUUACGAGCAACUGCCAGUGAUUAUGGAAGAUGUACAGUUCCACAGAGCUACAAUAAUGCCUAAAGAAGGUUCCGUUAAAUUUUUGAUCAACAUAUUCGAGGGAACUGGAGAGUUUGAACUCUGCGAAGGGGGAUCCGUAGCCGUUACUGGAAAAAUCCGCGUGCCCGAAGAUGUAACCAAGGAAGCUUUGAACCUGCCCCAACCAGUGAUCAGAACCGAAAAAGACGUCCUACCGCUAAACAACGCUGACAUAUAUAAGGAAUUACGCCUACGCGGAUAUGACUAUACUGGCAUCUUCCGAGGCAUAACCGAAUCGGAUAACCGAGGAACCAGCGGAAAACUCAAAUGGGAGAACAACUGGAUCAGCUUUAUCGAUACAAUGUUACAAUUUUCCAUACUCGGUCAAAAUACCAAAGAACUUUAUUUGCCGACCAGGUUGCAGAGAGCGUUUAUCAAUCCCAAAGAGCAUUUGAGUUUUGCCGAUGGGUUACCCGAAGGAGAAAACAUCCCAGUCCACAUGUACAGAAACAUCGGAGUCAUCAAAUCAGCCGGAAUUGAAUUGCGAGGAAUGAAAGCCAGUUUGGCACCUCGUCGUCAGCAAGCUCAAGCUCCUCCCAAGCUCGAGAAGUACCAGUUCGUGCCUUAUGAAAACUCCCAACCGCUAACCGAAGACUCUGACAAAGCUAAAACGCAAGCGCUCACCGUUAUCUUGCAGACAGUGAUAGAAAACAGCUCUGGAGCGCUGAAGCUGAAAAUCGCCGAAGUGGGCACUGACAAACCGAUCGAAGCAGUCCUGGCACCUACGAUUAAAAACAUCAUCGAAUCGGAACCGAUGCUGUCGGCAGAUGUCACUGUAGUAACAUCGGCUAUUGUAGAUACGGCAGCCCUAGACGCGAACGAGGUGAAGCACGUCAUUCGUGACGUAACGACCAAUCCUGUCACGCAAGACGCUCAUUUGGUCGUCGUCAGUGACCUCUUAAUGUACAACAAGAAGGAUGUGCUUGAAAACGCCCUAGCUUCGCUCAAGCCAGGCGGCUUCAUCCUGCUGGAGGAGCUCAAGUGCCCAAUCGAUACGGAAAAAUUCGCUGGUUUAGAGAUCGUGAGUAAACAGCUGAGCGACAUGAAAGUUUACAUUCUCCUGCGCAAGCCUAUCAUGGUACCUGCCGAUGCCACCGUCAUUCAAGUAACUGAAAAUAACUUCUCGUGGGUGGAGCCCCUGAAGGAAACCAUGAAACAAGCCGAAACGGACGGAAGGAAGAUAUACGUAUACGUACAAGGAGAAGAGCUUGCCGGUUUGGUCGGGAUGGUGAACUGUUUGAAGCAGGAGCCUGGCGGUUCGAACCUGAGAUCCAUUUUUAUCCAAGACGCGAAGGCGCCCAAGUUCACUAUUGCGGCUUAUGAGAGCCAAUUGAGGAAGGAUCUAGUUCACAAUGUGUUGAAGAAUAAAGUUUGGGGUUGCUACCGGCACAUUACGUUGGAGCAUUAUGAUGACAGCAGCAAACUUCAGGUUGAACACGCUUAUAUUAAUACCUUAACGAGGGGAGAUUUGGCUAGUUUGCGCUGGAUUGAAGGUCCGCUUGGAUAUUACAAGGAUGACGACUCGAAUACCGAAUUAUGCCACGUGUACUACGCCCCUCUCAAUUUCCGCGACAUCAUGUUGGCUACGGGCAAACUACCCCCAGAUGCUCUUCCAGGCGAUCUUGCUGGACAAGACUGCAUACUUGGUUUAGAAUUCGCCGGGCGCGAUUCCAGCGGUAAACGAGUCAUGGGUAUGGUGGCAGCCAAAAGUCUGGCCACCACGGUAUUGGCUGAUCCCGGUUUUCUCUGGGAAAUACCGGAGAAGUGGAGCAUGGAAGAAGCUGCUACGAUCCCGGUAGUGUAUGGAACGAGCUACUACGCCUUGAUAGUUCGCGGAGGAUUGAAACCAGGCGAAUCUCUGCUGGUACACGCCGGAACUGGUGGAGUCGGACAAGCUUCAAUUUCGAUCGCCCUCCACUUGGGAUGCACCGUUUUCACUACAGUCAGCAGCCAAGCCAAGCGCGACUUUCUCAAGAAAACUUUUCCUCAGCUGAAAGACGAGAAUAUCGGCAACUCCCGAGACACAUCUUUCGAGCAACUUGUCAUGACGCAGACGAACGGCCGUGGUGUGGACUGCGUGUUGAACUCCUUGGCGGCCCACCAGCUUCAAGCUUCUGUCAGAUGUCUCGCCAUCGGAGGACGAUUCCUGGAAAUUGGUAAAGUGGAUCUGUCCAACAACUCCCCGCUGGGGAUGAACAUUUUCCUGAAAAACACCACGUUCCACGGUAUUCUCCUCGACGCUUUGUUCGAUUCUGAUAGCCCCGAGAAGCGCCAGGUAAUGAAUCUAGUGAGUGAGGGCAUCAAGAGUGGAGCCGUCCAGCCGUUACCGAAAACUGUCUACAACGAACACCAGGUUGAGCAGGCGUUUAGGUUCAUGGCUUCCGGCAAGCACAUCGGCAAAGUCCUCCUGCAAAUACGCGAGGAAGAGAGCAGGAAGACGCAGCGUCCUGCCACGAAGACCGUGGGCGCAAUUCCUCGCACCUACAUGGACCCGGAGAAAAGUUACGUCUUGGUGGGAGGUUUGGGAGGAUUUGGGCUCGAACUUGCCAACUGGUUAAUCAACAGGGGCGCCACGAAGAUCGUCUUGACAUCCAGAAGCGGAGUGAAGACCGGCUACCAGUCUCUCUGCGUAAGGAGGUGGAGAGAGAAGGGCGUUGAGGUUUUAGUAUCCACAGCGGACGCGACUACUGAGAAAGGCGCCAAGAGACUCCUGGAGGAGUCCAUCGCUCUUGGACCCGUAGGCGGCAUUUUCAAUCUAGCCGUGGUACUGAGAGACGCAAUGAUGGAGAACCAAUCCGAGGCAGAUUUCAAGACAGUUUGCAAACCGAAAGUAGAUGGGAGCAAGCACUUGGACGCCGUUUCGAGAAUCCUCGCCCCUCACCUGGACUACUUUGUCAACUUCUCGUCAGUGUCCUGUGGUAGAGGUAACGCCGGUCAAGCCAAUUAUGGUCUAGCCAACUCGGCCAUGGAGCGCAUUGCGGAAGCCCGGCAUUCCGCGGGUUUACCGGGUAUCGCAAUCCAGUGGGGAGCCAUUGGAGACGUCGGUUUAAUUCUGGAGACCAUGGGAGGAAAUGACACUGAAGUCUCAGGCACCUUGCCACAGAGGAUGUCUUCAUGUCUGGCAACAAUGGACGUGUUCCUGCAGCAGCCACAUUCCGUAGUUGCUAGCAUGGUUCUGGCCGAGAAGAGGAAAGCAUCUGGUGGAGGCAGCCAGGUCAGUCUCACUGACGCAGUUGGGAAUAUCCUGGGAAUCAAAGACACCUCCACUGUAGCGCCCAGUGCGUCUCUGGCAGACUUGGGCAUGGACUCGCUCAUGGGGGCCGAGAUCAAGCAGACCUUGGAACGAAACUACGACCUGGUACUCAGCGCUCAGGAGAUCAGAGCGCUCACUUUCGGCCGCCUCCUGGAACUGAGCUCUGGCGGAAGCGCUCCCGCUCCAGCUGAAAUCCCCGGACCCCAAGAUAACAACGUACACUUCGACCAAAGUGCCAUGAUUAUGCCUCAGAAGAGUUUGGUGAAGAUGGUAAGCAAGACGGCCGAGAACAAAACCCCCGUCUUCCUGCUACAUCCUAUAGAGGGUGUGGUUAACGCCUUGGAAAGCCUAGCUAAAUGUAUUGACGCUCCAGUUUACGGCCUUCAAUGUACUGCCGCGACACCACUGAAGAGCAUCGCCGAUUUGGCGAAAUACUACAUCAGCCAGAUCAAGACAGUUCAGCCAAAAGGUCCUUACAUGCUUAUCGGUUACUCGUUUGGAGCUUGUGUCGCUUUCGAAAUGGGGGUUUGGUUGGAAAGGAGCAAGGAGAAGGUGAAGCUGUUGCUUCUUGAUGGUUCGCAUUCGUAUGUGGCCACCCAUACUGGCAAGGCUAGGUCGAAGAUUCAAGGAGACACGGCGGCGGAGCAGAGCGAAGUGCUAGUGUACUUCUUGAUGCAGUUCAAGGAAAUCGAUCAGCAAAAGGUUGUUUCGGAACUCGUUGGUUUGCAAACUUGGGAAGAGAGACUAUCCAAAGCUAUGGAAAAGCUAGAUGGAAUUACACCUUACAAAUUAGAGGACUUAGCUACAGCUGCAACAAGUUUCUAUGAGAAAUUAGUAGCUGCGGAUAAAUAUUCGCCUUCUGACAAAUUUUCAGGAAAAGUAACACUAGUGAAAGCCAUUGAUAACUAUGUACAAAUGGGCGAUGACUACGGUUUAUCAGAGGUGUGCAAACAAAAGGUUGUCGUAGAAUCACUGAAAGGAAACCACCGCAGCAUACUAGGAGACGGCAGCGUAGAAAAAAUAGCCAGUAUACUUCAUAACCUCAUAGAAGUGUAAAAGGACAUUCACUCGUAGUGCGUUUUUAUUCAUCACAUUCCUGUUUCCUAAGCGAUCCAUACUUUCGAAUCUCAUUUUAUCGUUUUGUAGCGUGUAAAUAUUAGACACUAUUUUCUAUGUUUUGUUAGCUAAUUUAUAGUUGUUUUAGGUUACGUAACGAAGAGUUAAUUUAUUUUUGUAUGUUUGAAUUUGAAACCAAAGACUUUCAAAUACGCUCUCUGGUGAUGAUGCAGGGUUUGUUGCUUAGCCUUCGCAUCAUCGUCACAGGCAAAAGGGAAUCGUUGUUUGUUGUAAAUACUUAAAUAAAUAUAUUUAAUCUGCAA